AUGUGUGCACAUUCAGUAAGUGGAUCAAGUUUAUUGUCUGGCUAUGAUGAAGAUGAUGCUCGUGAAACCAGUGGACGCUCACGACGUGAAUUCGAUCAAAUCGAUGCAGUUCUCUAUGGCGAAGAACCGCCGAAGCGGUCGAAUAUCAAGAAAAUCUGCGAAGAAUGGUCGAGUCGACCGCAUUUUCGAAUACGUGGUCAGAUUUGUCCCAUUAAUCGACAAGAAUUUUUAACGUCUGCACCAUCCUUAUUCUUCGAACAAUCAUCUGGAAAUCUGAAAAUGUCGAGUUAUAAUUUCAAUGAAAUCGACACUCCGCUCGAUGAGCCAACGUCUGGUCGUUCAUCGAUUGAUUCUAUUGAAGGUUCAGAAUUAACGAAUAAUUCCGAUUUCGAAGAUGAUCUUGACGAUGCUGACGCAACUAAUACUUAUCCAGGUGAUCGUUUUAGUAAUGGUGCUCAUGAUUCAUUCGACACUGAUGAUGACGAUGACGAAAAUGGAGAUUGUUCCUCAGAUCGAUCAACACAUGGCCGUGCUAAACAUCCACAAUUUCUCAUCAAAUGUUUGAAAGACAGUAUAAUUACGACAUUAGCAUCCGCUUUACUCCAACAAUUCUUUACUGAUCAACAGUCGUUAUUGCAACGAUAUGCGAAGCAAGUUUGUGCAAAAAAUUCUGUCAUGCUGCGGCGAAAACUACGCCCAACAUCAUUACCACCACAUCCAGCAUCACAGAACCGCCUUUCAUUACCGACCGGAUCACCGACGAACUAUGCCUUACAACAAUAUCAGACCAGCAUCACCUCCCUACCGUUUCGUUCUACACCUGAGCCAAAUGUAAAGUUAACUAGUUUGUUACGUGUAACACCACUGCGUAUAACAAAUCCUACUCCUAACGCCACUGCCCCAACCUCGCCAAGAAAAUCUCAAGGGCCACCGCUGCCGCCACCACCACCACCACCACCUAAUGAAAGAGCACCGACAUCUCUAACAAAUGAAAAACGAAAUCAAACACAGCAACAGCAGAUCUCUCUAGUUGGUACCGCAGUUGGCAAUCUUCCAAUUCAACUGAGUUCAUCUACACCACAAACAUCUCAUAUUCCGACACGGCCAGCACCGUCACCAUGGCGCUAUCGUUCUGCAACCACAUUAAAUUCCAAUACACAGAAUCUUGAACCGAUUACACGUUUACCACCGAUCGCUAUCGAACGUUUAUUUGGUAGCGAACAAUCGCUCAACACUCGGUCGAAUACGAUCAGUACAUCGAUAACAGAUGCAAUUCCUCCAGCUACAAGAGCAGUUAGCGGCACGAGUACUGGUUCAAACGCAUCUAUAGGUGUCAAACCUCGACUAGGAGCAACUGUGAGAAAAUUACAACGAGUGCCUAGGCCGUUUACGAUAACUUCUACAAAAGAUUUAAUCAAUUCAUCAUCAAUGAGCCCGACACGUACAGUUACAACAACAUCGAUUGCCUCGACCGCAUUUCGAGCAACUGCUAUCGCACGAACCCAUCAUCCACAACAAGCACAACAGCAAAAAAGAUCUGUAAUUAAUAAACCUCCACCACCUUCUUCUUCGUCAGGUGCUAUCAAAGUGCCUGCGACACGUAUAUGUUGA